AUGUCCCCUGUACCCCCACCACCGGGCGCAUUCGUCCCCUCCGACGACUGGACAGACGACCCCUCAUUCGACCUCUCUCCCAACGCGUCCCAGCUCGCCCUCCCCGCCUCCCCAUCACCCUCAUCCUCCUCCUCCCAUCGAUCCUCGAUAUCCCGCUCCCACACUUCCUCGCCGCUCCGUCAAUCCUUCUCUUCCGCUGGCAAGUCGAGUGGUCUGAAGCUGCGGCAGCAUCAGAAGCAAGAGAUGGACGCGCUGGAUGACGAUUUCGACUUGCCAGAGGGCGACUUGCCUCCCCUCUCUCCCCGCCCGACGCCCAAAACCCAAUCACGUCCCCGCUCCAGCACAUCCUCCUCCUCCAGCAGCCUCAUCACCCGCACCAUCGUAGGUAACGGCCCGCAAGGUGUCGGCACCAUCACCAAAAUGGGUUUCACCUCCCCACCGACGAGUUCGGGCGUGAUGGCGGGUACAGUCAAGGCGCGCGCGAGGGCGCUGGAAAAAGCCUGGGAGGCGGAUGUGGACUUGGAUGAGCUGGAUCAAGCUGUGGAUAAAGCAGAGUCUGUAGGGGGGACGUUGAGGACGAAGCCGAGCUUUCAUGGGAGACCGUUGCCGCCGAAGGAUUUGCCGGGGGAGGAUGCCCUGGAUGGAUUUGGGGAUCUGGACGACGCGACGUUCAAGCCUUCAAAGUUACAAUUACCACCGAAGCCAUCUCCAUCGCCGAGCCCAUCUUCGAGCAAAAUGGGCACCGUCAAACUAGACAAAGCUGCUGGCUGGGAAAGGUUCGGCUCGGGCUCAAGCAAAGGCGGCUCGCUGCGGAUGAAGCCAAGCUUUGAUGGCCGACCGCUCGCUCCGAUCCAAAGAGAGCAGGCUGGUGCGGAUGCUUUGGACGACUUUGCUGAUUUCGAUGACGACGAGGCUACUUUCAAACCUCCGAUAUCUGGACUACCGACAAAGAAGGCGACUAGCUCCAAGAUGAAGACUAUCAGUCUGGAAUCGGUUUCUAGAGGAGGGACGUUGAGGAUGCAGCCGAGCUUGGAAGGAAGACCGUUAGCCCCGCCAAAGCAAAAACAGCCAGGAGCCGACGCUCUAGACGAUUUCGACGACCUCGACGAUGAUACCUUUAAACCUCCCAAAAGCCAAUUACCGCCCAAACCCUCCAACCCCAGAAUGGGUUCAAUACCCUUCGAUCAAGGCUGGGAAAACUUUGGCCAAGUCGCCGGCAGAAGACUAUUGUCACCACCGCGAAAGACGCGCCCAGGCGCUGAAGCUCUGGACGAUUUUCUUGAUUUGGAGGACGAAGACCAAGCGACGCUCAAAGCGGGUGCUACCAUCAAAGCCCUCCUCCCGCCGCCAAAAGGCAAGAAACAUUCGGUAUCUUCCAUCCCUGACGCGCCUGCGGAAGAUCCAGAGCUCGAAGCAGACUUUGCCCUCCCGCUGAACCUUACGAACCUCGCUUUGGCCUCCCAGCCUGCGGCCAAACCUCGGCGCAAAGGCCCGAGAGACUCGGCGGCGUCGACGGUGAUUUCAGAGUGGGAUUCGCCCAGCGCGUCGUCAGCUGCUAGUGGGCGGAAACAAGGUUGGGGCUGGGGGUCGGAAGACUCGCCUUCGGGGAAAAGGAAGAGCGAGACGAGCGCUACGAGUGUGAGCGACGAUUUGGAAAAGGAUGAGACCAAGAAGGAGGGUGAUAUGUUGGAUGAAGAGGAGGACCUCGAGUCGGGGUUGGUCUUUGAGCCAGCGUUCUUUUCGAACGAUAGGGCGAAAGACCUCAACUCGAUCCUCGACCGCAAACGUCGGCCGCAAUUUGCGCCCCAGCCACAGACGCCUCCAGGCGCGAGGAGGGGAGGGGACGAUUCCUUCGAAGAUGGGCUUAUGCUGGAUGAGCCUGGUGUUGAGCUUUCGCGCCAUCGGCUGCGAGCGCAGAAACGUGCGAGAGACAAGUUGCCUGCUCCAAGCUCUACCUUGCGGAAGGGUAUACAACCCCAACCUCAGAAGACUGUGGUGAAAGAGCGCGAGAAGGCUUGGGAGAAGCAGCGCGAAGCGGCUUGGGGGCGGAAUACGCCCGUCCAGCGGGAACGCACGCAGAGUAGUUUGGGCAUGUCGUUGAGGAGUCAUUCGAUAUCGACUGUAGCGCGCGAGACACCGCGCGGAGCUGAACCAGCCGUAACCGGGCGAGAGAAGGAAGCCAUGCGUUCUAGAAGCGGGCAUCUACAUUCCAUGCUCCCCCCUCCACCGCCUGUUCCCUCAUCCCAACCACCGACGCCUUCUUCAUCCCGACUUCGGCACCAGAAAUCGCAUUACCAAAUCGGUGCGCCGCCUCAGUCGCCGUCUUUGACGAGAAAGCAGUCGUUGUCGAGUUUGCAAGAUGCGAUAGCGGAGCGAAAUUAUGGGACGCAGCAUUUCGAUGCUCUGCCGCCGCUGCCGGUACCGACGAAUAGGUAUCACAACUCCACGUCCCGGCUUACGAUGCCCACUUCCAGCUCCCGCGCCAAGAUCCGUCCGCCUGUCACAUCCAUCUUCCCCACCUCUUCUCCUUCAUCUGCGAGCACAACGAUGUCUGAUCAGAGGGAUAGGGAUAGGGAGAUCAGGAGCAGGAUGUAUUCGACGCCGAUACCGCGGAUGGUCGACGUCCCGAAAAAGUCUCGAGAUUAUGGGGAUGGGACAGAGCUGGAUGGGAUUGAUGAUUUGAGGGUCGAGGAAGAUGCUAGAGAGGCGCAGAGGAGUAUGGUGGGCUUGGGACUUGGGAAACCGUCGAGACUAGAUCAUGAACCGAGGACGACGUCGCAUGGGAAGGAAAAGUCGGAGAAGGAGGAGAGGAGGAAAAAGUCGGGUGGGACGACGACGACGGGGUUGGCGACGAAAAAGAUUAGGAGAAGAGGGUUGAUCAAGCACUUGGGUGGUACAGACAAGCGUAAAGUCGUGGGCGAGAUGAUCUGGAAUCCCAAUACGCUUCGCUGGGAAGGCAACGAAGCCGUUCUGCGCGACUUUGACACCAUCUCCUCCUCCCGCCCUGCCCUGAUCACCCACUACACCGGCUCCUCCGUCGGCGUCGGAGGCCUUUCCUCCCCCGUCGCAUCCGUCGCCGCAGCCGCCCCGCGCAUCGUCAAAGACAUGCAAUUCGACCCCAUCCAAAUGAAAUGGGUCAGCGUCCACCCCGAAGACGACGAGCCUGAUCCCUUUGAGGGUAUGGCGGAUGACGAGGAUGAAGAGACGGGCAGGGGCACGAUCCGCGCUGGGGCAGGGCGCAAGUAUGUGCCCAUUGGAGGGAGUUCGAUGGGGCCGGGGUCGAUGGCGGCGACGAGCUCGACGUGGUCGCAUCGGAUGGCUAGUGAAUCUUCCAUGGCUGCCAGUACAGCGUCGUGGGAAGAUCGCGCGUCUCAUCAUGUGGGCGUUGCGAUCUCUAGCGAGCUCUGGAGUGAAUGUAAAGAGGCAGAGGAGAGGCAUAGGAAGGAGAUGAAGGGGUGGGGGCUGAGGGCGCCUUCUGGGAGUUCAGAGUUGCGUGAGAGGGAGAGGCGGGAGGAGAAAAGAUUAUGGGAGAUCCGGCAUCUGGCCAUGAAGAGUUGA